AUGGCCGAGGAGCUCAUCACCCCCGUGUACUGCACCGGGGUGUCGGCCCAGGUGCAGAAGCUGCGGGCCAAGGAGCUGGGCCUGGGCCGCCACGAGAACGCCAUCAAGUACCUGGGCCAGGACUACGAGCAGCUGCGGGCGCGCUGCCUGCAGAGCGGGGCCCUCUUCCGCGACGACGCCUUCCCGCCCGUCACCCAGAGCCUGGGCUACAAGGACCUGGGCCCCAACUCCUCCAAGACCUACGGCAUCAAGUGGAAGCGCCCCACGGAGCUGCUCUCGAACCCCCAGUUCAUCGUGGACGGAGCCACCCGCACGGACAUCUGCCAGGGCGCGCUGGGGGACUGCUGGCUCCUGGCUGCCAUCGCCUCUCUCACCCUCAAUGACACCCUCCUGCACCGCGUGGUCCCCCACGGCCAGAGCUUUCAGGAUGGCUAUGCCGGCAUCUUCCACUUCCAGCUGUGGCAGUUCGGGGAGUGGGUGGACGUGGUGGUGGACGACCUGCUGCCCACCAAGGACGGGAAGCUGGUGUUCGUGCACUCGGCCCAGGGCAACGAGUUCUGGAGCGCGCUGCUGGAGAAGGCCUACGCCAAGGUGAACGGCAGCUACGAGGCCCUGUCGGGGGGCAGCACCUCCGAGGGCUUCGAGGACUUCACGGGCGGCGUCACCGAGUGGUACGAGCUGCGCAAGGCGCCCAGCGACCUCUACCAGAUCAUCAUCAAGGCCCUGGAGCGGGGCUCGCUGCUGGGCUGCUCCAUCGACAUCUCCAGCGUCCUGGACAUGGAGGCCGUCACCUUCAAGAAGCUGGUGAAGGGCCAUGCCUACUCCGUGACGGGGGCCAAGCAGGUGAACUACAUGGGCCAGAUGGUGAACCUGAUCCGGAUGCGGAACCCCUGGGGCGAGGUGGAGUGGACUGGAGCCUGGAGUGACGGCUCCUCGGAGUGGAACAACGUGGACCCUUACGAGCGGGAGCAGCUCCGCAUCAAGAUGGAGGACGGGGAGUUCUGGAUGUCCUUCCGGGACUUCAUGCGCGAGUUCACCCGCCUGGAGAUCUGCAACCUGACGCCCGACGCCCUCAAGAGCCGGCGCUUCCGCAAGUGGAACACCACCCUGUACGACGGCACCUGGCGGCGGGGCAGCACGGCGGGCGGCUGCCGCAACUACCCAGCCACCUUCUGGGUGAACCCCCAGUUCAAGAUCCGGCUGGAGGAGACGGACGACGUGAACGAGGACGACUACGGGGGCCGGGAGUCGGGCUGCAGCUUCGUGCUGGCGCUCAUGCAGAAGCACCGGCGCAGGGAGCGCCGCUUCGGCCGCGACAUGGAGACCAUCGGCUUCGCCGUGUACGAGGUUCCUCCGGAGCUGGUGGGCCAGCCGGCCGUGCACCUGAAGCGGGACUUCUUCCUGGCCAACGCGUCCCGGGCGCGGUCGGAGCAGUUCAUCAACCUGCGCGAGGUCAGCACCCGCUUCCGCCUGCCGCCCGGGGAGUACGUGGUGGUGCCCUCCACCUUCGAGCCCAACAAGGAGGGCGACUUCGUGCUGCGCUUCUUCUCGGAGAAGAGCGCCGGGACAGAGGAACUGGAUGACCAGGUCCAGGCCAACCUUCCUGACGAGCAAGUGCUCUCGGAAGAGGAGAUUGAUGAGAACUUCAAGACGCUCUUCAGACAGCUGGCAGGGGCGGACCUGGAGAUCAGCGUCAAGGAGCUGCAGACCAUCCUCAACAGGAUCAUCAGCAAACACAAAGACCUGCGGACCAAGGGCUUCAGCAUGGAGUCCUGCCGCAGCAUGGUCAACCUCAUGGACAGGGACGGCAACGGAAAGCUGGGCCUGGUGGAGUUCAACAUCCUGUGGAACCGCAUCCGGAAUUACCUGGCCAUCUUCCGGAAGUUUGACCUGGACAAGUCGGGCAGCAUGAGUGCCUACGAGAUGCGCAUGGCCAUCGAGUCUGCAGGCUUCAAGCUCAACAAGAAGCUGUACGAGCUCAUCAUCACCCGCUACUCCGAGCCGGACCUGGCCGUGGACUUCGACAACUUCGUGUGCUGCCUGGUGCGGCUGGAGACCAUGUUCCGGUUUUUCAAAUCUCUGGACACAGAUCUGGAUGGCGUUGUGACCUUUGACCUGUUUCAGUGGUUGCAGCUGACCAUGUUCGCAUGA